AUGUCGUUGAACAUUCCCAACGCCCCUAAUUCGGGCCUGUUCAAGCAGGGAUACAACAAUUACGAUUCUGAGGAUGGCGCUGUCCUACGUAAUAUCGACGCCUGCCGGGCCAUCUCGUCGACCGUCCAGACCUCUCUUGGCCCGUUUGGCCGCAACAAGAUCGUCAUCAACCACCUACAAAAGAUGACGUUGACCUCCGAUGCCGCCACUAUCCUGCGAGAACUCGACGUCGUCCACCCUGCCGCCAAGCUCCUCGUCAUGGCCAGCCAGCAACAAGAGGCCGAGAUGGGCGAUGCUACCAACCUAGUUAUCGUCCUGGCCGGCGAGCUCCUGCGCAAGGCCGAAGACCUUCUACGCAUGGGCCUCAAGACGUCCGACAUCGUCAUCGGGUACGAGAAGGCGCAGAAGAUGGCCCUCGACGCCCUCGAGGAGCUCUCGGUCGACAAGGUCGACGACAUCCACUCGCAGGAAGAGCUGAGCAAGGCCAUCCGCACCGUCGUCGGGAGCAAACAGAACGGCAGUGAGGACUUCCUCGCCGACCUCGUCGCCGAGGCCGUCCUGGCCGUCCUUCCCAAGAACCCGGCCGGCUUCAACGUGGACAACAUCCGCGUCGUCAAGAUCAUGGGCGGCAGCCUGGAGCAGAGCAGGGUGGUCCGCGGCAUGGUCUUCCCCAAGGAGCCCGACGGCACCGUCAAGAAGGCCCGCCGCGCCAAGGUGGGCGUCUUCUCCUGCCCCAUCGACAUGGGCCAGACCGAGACCAAGGGCACCGUCCUGCUGCACAACGCCCAGGAGAUGAUGGACUUCACCAAGGGCGAGGAGAACCAGCUCGAGACCGCCAUCAAGGAGCUGCACGACGUCGGCCUGCGCGUCGUCAUCGCCGGCUCCACCGUCGGCGACCUGGCCAUGCACUACCUCAACCGCUACGGCAUCCUCCUGAUCAAGAUCCUCAGCAAGUUCGAGCUCCGGAGAAUAUGCCGCGUCGUCGGCGCCACGCCCCUGGCCCGGUUAGGCGCCCCCAUGCCCGACGAGAUGGGCUCCAUCGACGUGGUCGAGACCCUCGAGAUUGGCGGCGACCGCGUCACCGUCUUCCGGCAAGAGAACGACGUGACCAGGACGGCGACCUUGGUGCUGCGCGGCGCCACCCAGAACCACCUCGACGAUGUCGAGCGAGCGGUGGACGACGGCGUCAAUGUCGUCAAGGCCAUCACCAAGGACCCCAGGCUCGUGCCCGGCGCCGGCGCCACCGAGACACAGCUCGUCGAAAGGCUCACGGAUCUGGGCGAAAAGACGCCUGGUCUUGCCCAGUACGCCAUCAAAAAGUACGGCGAGGCCUUUGAGGUGGUUCCCAGGACGCUGGCCGACAGUGCCGGUCUGGAUGCCACCGAGGUCCUCAGCAGGCUGUACAUGGCGCACCACAAGCAGGACGACUGGACGACAGGUGUCGAUAUUGAGAACGCGGAUGGUACGGGUACACUAGACGCUCGGGAGGAAGGCAUCCUUGAUCUCUUGGCCUCCAAGAGCUGGGCCAUCAAGCUAGCCACCGAGGCUGCGCGGACCAUUCUAUCUGUCGAUCAGAUCAUCGUUGCUCGGCAAGCGGGUGGUCCUAAGCCCCCCGGUCCUAACCCUAACUGGGAUGAGGACUAA